AUGUUUAUUAAGGUACUGAAGAUGAGAUGGGAUGAUGGGUUCAACAUUUACAGUUACCUAUUAUCCACAGAUGAUAAAACCAAAUCUUGGUUGAUUGAUCCAGGUGAACCAUUAGAAGUCAUUCCGCAAUUGAGUCACUCAGAAAUAUGUUCUAUUGAAGCAGUUGUGAAUACACAUCAUCAUUAUAGUCAUUCUGGUGGCAAUAUUGCCAUUGUCACAACAGUAAGGCAACAUUCGCAUAAGACAAUCCCUGUAAUUGCAGGUUCAGAUACAGUUUUUGGCAUUACUGAUCAUCCGUAUAAUUUACAGAAAUAUAAAAUGGGUUCUUUGGAUAUCACAUUCUUAAGAACCCCAUGCCAUACCCAAGAUUCUCUCUGUUUGUAUGUAAAGGAUGAAUUUACAAAGGAGAAAUGUAUUUUUACUGGAGAUACACUUUUUAUUGGCGGAUGUGGAAAUUUUAUAGAAGGAACUAGUGAUGAAAUGUAUAACUCUUUAAAUCUACGGAUUUUGACCAUUAUAGGUAAAGAUAAUUGGGCAACUACGAAGAUAUAUCCUGGCCAUGAAAAAGCCCGUGAAAAUGUUCAAUUUAUUAGAAAAUAUUUUUAUAAAAAUGUUGGUGAUAAUAAAGAAUUUGAUGAAUUAGAAGAAUUUGUAAAAACCAAUGAAGUAACAACUGGACAAUUUACAUUAUUAAAUGAAUUAACUUACAAUCCAUAUUUAAGAUUAGAUGAUCCCUAUAUAUUGCAACAUUUUAAUGAAAUGAAAGAUUUAUUGACUCAUACCACUAUCAUAGGCAAGAUUAAGCAGUUACAAUGUGAUACAGAUAUGUAA